AUGGGGCAGAGGAGUCAGCAGAACAGGAUUGAGGAGCUACCAAAUCCAUCAAGGCAGUCUCACUUCUUAAUCACCGGACUGUGUGUGCGCUCUGUUACGAACCUGCAUGGUCUCAGACUCAUCAUGUUACCAGCUGAGCUACUUCUUUGCUGCUUCCUGCUGCACGCUGCAAAGGCCAUUUCAUCUGGAAACCAGACGGAUGUCUUACUACAUCUUCCUUCACCCUUGGAAUCCUCGCUAACUUCCUCAUACUCCUUGUCUUGCCAGACCCUUCUUCCCAAAUCCCUCCCUGGCUUCACUCAGAUGGCCCCUCUCCCCAGGUUUCUGGUAAGCCUGCCACUGAUGAUCGCCCUGGAGAAAGUUGGUUGUCAAGCUGAUGUACAGGUCCUGCAGCUUCAGCUGUACCGCCAUGGGGGUGUAAAUGCUACACAGACCCUCAUCAGACAUCUUCAAGAGCUAGAGAAAAGCAGAAGCACAGGGAGGGGAGUGUCAGUAGAUGCUCUGGCCUCUGCUCUGCAGCUGUGGGCUAGAGAGAACCCUGGCCCACAGAGAGCCCGACGAUCACCCUCCAUCACAAACUGUGAGCAGGAGCAGGAGCAGAGUGUGCACAGUAUAGUCCAGAUGUUGCCGGGAGUGGGAACCUUCUACAACCUGGGCACAGCAAUGUAUUAUGCUGUUCAGAACUGCUCGGACAUGGCCAAGGAACGAGGCCGAGAUGGGGUCAUAGAUCUGGGUUAUGAUCUUCUGAUGGCCAUGGCUGGAGCGUCAGGGGGACCCACAGGACUAAUGAUCGGUAUUGCACUUAAACCUGCACUGAAGGCUGGGGUUCAGCGGUUGAUCCAGUAUUACUAUGAGAGAGAGGCAAACACCCCUCCACCAGAGACCAGCAAGGAGGUCUUGCGGAGCACCUCAGAUAUGAGCGAAGUGAAAGAAACAACUAUCAUGGCCCCUUUCGUGUCAGAAGUAGUAAGUUCAAAUCCAUGCUGGGGUGGACCUUAUUCAACAACUGUGGCUUAG